CACGCAUUACAGCACACUAAGGUCAAAUGCCCGUCUGACCCGAGGCGCUCUCGUUCCAGGCACGAGGUCAAACCGCUGACACCAGUGCACAAAAGAGACAUAAGAGAGAGACACAGAGACAUGCGCUCCGCUCACACUCAAAUGUCUCACUCGCCGAGCAGGCUGUGCGUGUUGGCCCUUACCUUCAUAGCCAGUGAAUUGUGCACAUCCGAGUGCAUCUGAGCUUUGUACUCGCUCUUCCAGUGUGCUGCAUGCAUAAAUGCGCACUCGCGGCUGUGGAAGUGCCAGAAAAGGGGAGCAGGGUAGCUUACGCUUGUGGCCUUUCAGGCACUUGGAGACUUCCGCGCCCGGCCUGGCGGCAUUGACGCCCCCGACAGACACAGACGGGAGCUUCCCUGCCAAAAUCAUGAAGAACACCUACUCCGGCCGCAUCUGUCGUUGUGUCCUGUGUGUUCGAGUGUAUUGACGCUUACUGUUCACGUCGGCUUGUUUCAGCGAUGCAGUCAGGGAUUCCACAUCGCCGCUGUCCUUGAAAUAGCUGCUUGCCAUCAGCUCUUCCUGCUCCUUCUUGCUGAUCGGAUACACUGACGAUAUCCUUGAAUAGAUGCUUCCGAUCGGCUGAUGACACAUACACCGAGGAUUUAAAGUGCACGCCCGUACCCCCCCAUGCACAACAUAGACAGCGCUCGAGAUAUCCACGUACCAGAGAGCUGAAGUUCAAAUAUGCUCUUUUCGGGCGGUGGGGCCUGCAAUGCGAUCGACAAGGAAAUCGUCUCACAGUGCGAUGAGCGAUGCAUGAGAGAGGGUCCACUGACAGUUUGAGCCGCAGCCACACUACCUUUGUGUCGAGCCGAUGAAGUGAUCGGAAUAGUCCGACUUGACUCCAUCAUAUUCCCGGGCAAGCCACUUGAGAGAACGCACACCAUCGAGGAACACACGAACCUAAACAGACAAAGGACGGAAAGCAUGCACCAGUGAGCCCGAGCCAAGUUCGUGUGCUUUACUUUGUCAGACGAUUUGUUUUUUUUAAUCCAUGACAUUACAGCAUCCUGACGAUUUGUACUGAUAACAUUGCUCAGUGCAAGCAACUGAGGAGAAAGCACCAAGCAAUGAAGAGAAGACCCCUAACUCGUCUGAUGCCUACAGUUUUGUCAGAGGAGGUCGAGGUGGCAACGUCGCCGCCAUCUGUCUGGCGGGCCUUCUUGGCCACUGACUCUUGCACAGAGCCGUUCAUGAGCUGAUAUGUGCUGUACACCGGACAGCAACCAGUGGUUUGAGAUGGGGGCUCACGGCACACACGUACCUUCUGAAACGCUGCUUAUCUGACGUCACAGCAAAGAAUAAUCAUGUAUGCACGUCGCAGUCCGCUUGCUGUGCCCCACCCAGUGGCACCCACCCAUGUAGUCAGCGUAUGACAGCCGUUUGGGGCGGAUGUCUUCCCCCAAACCGCCAUUUCCUCCUUCCUCGGGGGGAUUGUCCGAAAUGAAUCGAGCGAGGUCCUUGAGGGCUAUUUCCAUGGCCUUUUUCUCAUUUGUUGGCCUCGACCUGUACCAUCGAGAGACUACCCUCCACUGGCAACAGCCGAAGAGAUUCUGCAAGACGCCGGUCAUGACUUCGCCCGGGAGGUCGGCAGCUGAGCCAUCGAAGGCGAGGAGGGUCGGUGGCGUCCGGGGUGGACGUGACAUCGUGACAAAGGGGGAGAGGCGAUCACGCGUUGUGGACGUGUUGGAGGGGAUGGAGGGGAGGGAAGGAAGUCAGAAGGCCGUUUG